AUGGACCAAUUAAAUGUUAAGGAACAACAAGAUUUUCAACAAAUCGUUGAACAAAAGCAAAUGAAGGACUUUAUGAGAUUAUACUCAAACUUAGUCUCCAAAUGUUUCGAUGACUGUGUCAACGACUUUACAUCUAACAACUUGACCACCAAGGAAACUGGUUGUAUCACCAAAUGUUCUGAAAAGUUCUUGAAACACAGUGAAAGAGUUGGCCAAAGAUUCCAAGAGCAAAAUGCCUUAUUGAUGCAAAAUAUGCAAAAACGUUAG